CUUCUGAUUGAAAUGGGGAAACUAAUAUUCGUGAGCCUUGUCAGCCAAAGGACAGUGCGACCAAUUUGUUAAAUCUCCAAUGAAGAGAAGAAGAUGAAAGGGAAAUUUGGAACAAGGUUACUUUAACUGAGAGGGGGGAUAAAAAGAAGGGAAGCUUUGGAGGACUGACCGAAAUACUGCCUGGAGCGGGGACUGCCCACAAUUUGUACUCUGAUUGGGACUUCCCUCUCCCGGACAUCUCUCUCACUCCACGUCAGGUCCCGCUUAUUCAACCAUGACCGGCAUUCCAUUGACAUCCCUCUCAUUAACUCAUGUACAAUUUCAUCCAAACGAUCUACUCGGAGAAGCUUUGGCUUAUAUAACUCUAGCUCCACUGGCUAUACUGGUAUUUUAUGCAUCGAUUAUUGUUUCAAGACGCGAAGUGGCAGCUAUUCUCUUCCUGGUCGGCCAGUUGUCUAGUGAAGGCCUCAAUGCGACCCUCAAAGAAUAUCUUCAAGUGUCUCGUCCAAAUGCUCAUCUAGGUACCGGAUAUGGCAUGCCCUCUUCACACUCUCAGUUCAUGGCUUUCUUCGCUGUCCAGGUCAUCCUUUACACUCAUUACAACAUACGACUAGAUCAUCCUUUGGUAAAAUGGCUGCUUUAUCUGCCCACUGUUAUAUUGGCUCUCCUGGUCAUGUACUCGCGGAUCCAUUUAGGCUACCAUAGUAUAGAACAGGUGCUGGUCGGUAGUAGCAUAGGAAUAGCUUACAGCGUGUUCUGGUUCGGCCUGACAGAAUAUGUUAGGUCGUUGGGACUGAUCGAUUGGCUAAUUAGUCUUCCUAUAUCUCAAGCUAUUUAUUUGAGAGAUGCAAGAGCAAUAGAUAAUGUAGCCAAAUGGGAAUACGAGAUGUGGAAGGCCAAAGUCCAUCAAAAACAGAAAUAAGCUUCCCUUCUUUCAUUUUAAUUUACAAUGAAAAACUCAAUAUAAAAAAUAACAAUAGAAAUGAGAACGUCUGUACGGGUAAUGCCG